UCAAAAGCAGGUUGCUUACUUAAGACCCAUCUACUUUAGAAACAAAGAUAGCUAAAAUAUCCACUUCUACACCAACAAAAGAUCAAGUAGCAAUGGCAAGCAAUGGAGAAAAUGGAAGACACCAAGAAGUUGGACACAAGAGUCUUUUGCAAAGUGAUGCCCUUUAUCAGUACAUUCUUGAAACAAGUGUUUAUCCAAGAGAACCUGAAGCCAUGAAAGAGCUAAGAGAGAUUACUGCAAAACACCCCUGGAACCUCAUGACCACCUCUGCUGAUGAAGGACAAUUCUUGAACAUGCUUCUCAAACUCAUCAAUGCGAAGAACACUAUGGAGAUUGGUGUUUUUACCGGUUACUCUCUGCUUGCUACUGCCAUGGCUCUUCCUGAUGAUGGCAAGAUUCUAGCCAUGGAUAUCAAUCGGGAUAACUAUGAGAUUGGUCUUCCGGUAAUUGAAAAAGCUGGACUAGCUCACAAAAUUGAAUUCAGAGAAGGCCCUGCACUGCCCGUUCUUGACCAAAUGAUUGAAGACGGCAAAUAUCAUGGAUCAUAUGAUUUUAUAUUUGUGGAUGCUGACAAGGACAAUUACUUGAACUAUCACAAGAGAUUAAUCGACUUGGUGAAGGUUGGUGGACUAAUUGGUUAUGACAACACCCUAUGGAAUGGAUCAGUGGUGGCACCACCUGAUGCACCCCUCAGGAAAUAUGUUAGAUAUUAUAGAGAUUUCGUAUUGGAACUCAACAAAGCCUUGGCUGCUGAUCCAAGAAUCGAAAUUUGCCAGCUUCCAGUUGGUGAUGGAAUCACCCUUUGCCGCCGCAUUAGUUAAAUAUACAGAAACAUUGUCUAUUUGUGGCAACCAAAAAUGGAAGUCAUGCCACUACUGGACUAGCUCAUGGCAAUGGAGGAUUUAUUGUUUUUUGAAUUCCCCUGUUUGAAUUAUUCGUUAUUUUAUCUUUUAUCAGUUCUCUUUUCUUGUAAAGAUUACAUAGUCUAUAUUUCCUACAGUUUGUUUCACAAUGUAUUUUGAUAAAUAAGAAAAAUUUCAAGUUCAAAGAUCAAA